AAAGAGGAAGUUCUGGGCAAGCCAAACCAGAAACGGGCAGAGGAUAGUGUCCCUGUCUGAUGCCAAAGAAGCCCCAAGUGGCCACCCUUCCAGGGAAAUGCGGCAGGUUACUGCUGGUCCCACUGAGGAUGCUACUUCUGCAGGCUGAAGGCAACCAUGAGAUUUCUCCUGCUUUGGACCUGGAGCAUUUUUCCAGGAUGUUUCUCUCUAACGGGCCCCAGGCACGUACGCGGCUCCCAAGGCCAGCCCCUGACCGUGACCUGCAUGUACAAGGAGGGCUACGAGAAGCACAAUAAAUACUGGUGCCGUGGGGCCCAGUGGGCCUCCUGUCAGCCAGUAGUUGAGACCUGGACGGAUAGAAAACUCCAGGAUGGCCGGACGACCAUCCGCGACUUUCCGAGAAAGCUCAAGUUCGAAGUGACCAUAGAGAAUCUGACCCAGCAAGACCAGGACUCUUACUGGUGCGCCAUCGAUAGGAUAGCGGCCCGGGACUUCAAGGUCCAGGUCCGCGUGACUGUGAGUCCCUCAGGACCCAUAGAGUUCAACUGGCCUGAUGGCAUGUGGUCUGAUUCUCCUCCUCUUGAGGCUGGCUCUGGGUUCCAAGGGAAUACUGUUGGGGCCUGUGUCACAGUAAUAAUCUUGAAAAUAUUCAUCUUUCUGGGCUUGUCCUGUGCUGCCAUCUGGAGAUGGAAAUCCCCGACUGGAAAGACAGCGGGAAUGGCAACUGCAAGAACUCUCAUCUUUCCACCAGCAGUGUGUCCUAUGAAGUUUAUUUUCUGGAGAAAAGGUCACAGAUCCACCAGCUCCUCUGGAUCAAACGCUUCAACACCAAACCAGGGCCAAGUUUCAGUUUAAAGCUCUUGGAGAACACAAAGAGGUAGAAAGAAUGUGCUCUUAAGCCGCUGUCCUUAGAUGGGCCUCAGAUUGUUUAGCUGGGUGCUUUGGGCACAGUCUCUGUGACUCUGAAGCCAGUGGCAGAAGGAAUCUCAAGCGUGCAAAGAAAAUGGCUCUCCAAGAUGAAAAUGACUCUCCAAGUUGGCUGCUUUAUCCUGGACAAGAACCGUGAGAGGAGCAAAGCGGGACUGUCUACUGCUUAGCCCAAUCUGCAGAACUCUGGGAGGAUCCAAAUGGCGAGUGACUCUCUCCCAUGGAGAGAAGAUCUCGUCACUACUUCUUGGAGGCGCUGAGCUUUUUGCUCUCAGCCAUCUGAGAUAGGACGAGGGCCUAAGAAGAUAUGACAAUACAGGAUUCAAUCUCCAAGAUUUGAAGGAACGAUGAAAAAGAGAAUCCCAAAACUGGAUCCCAACUGUAGCUAAGGAACAACAAGGCUAUUGCUUGUUUAAAAAAUGUUAUUUGCUAAGUGCUUACUCUGUGUCAGAUACGACAGGGUAGAUACAAGCUAGUCAGGUCAGUCAU